AUGAGCUACACUUUCUUUCUUCUUUUGCUCACUCUCGUCCACUCCACUUUCUCUUCACUAGCUCCAACGGACAAAGCCGCUCUCGAAUCCAUCAGAGACUCUUUAACCGACAUGCCCGGUUCAGCGUUCUUCUCCACUUGGGACUUCACAGCCCCUGACCCUUGUUCCUCCUUCUCAGGCCUCACUUGCACUCCCCUCGGCCGUGUCACCGCCUUAUCUCUCGGCCCUAACCUCUCCGGUUCCCUCUCUCCUUCCCUCUCCAAUCUCACACACUUGACCCAACUCAUUCUCUACCCCGGUUCAGUCACCGGUCCUCUCCCUCCUCGGUUCGAUACUCUCCCUCUCCUCCGAGUCAUUUCCUUAACCAGAAACCGCUUAACCGGUCCUAUACCAGCUUCUUUCUCAUCUCUCUCAAACCUCCACACUCUCGACCUUAGCUAUAACCAGCUCUCAGGAUCUCUCCCUCCUUCUCUCACCACUCUUCCUCGUCUCAAAGUCCUUGUCUUAGCCUCAAACCAUUUCUCCGACAGCUUUAAACCUGUCUCUAGCCCUUUGUUCCAUUUAGACCUAAAGAUGAACGAAAUCUCCGGCGAACUCCCACCAGCUUUCCCCAUCACUCUCCGGUACUUGUCUCUCUCCAGAAACUCAAUGCAAGGCACCAUCAAUGCCUUGGAGCCAUUGACAGAGCUGACAUACAUCGAUCUCAGCGUGAACCAAUUCACCGGCGCAAUCCCUAACUCGCUCUUUGGUCCAGCGAUCUCAUCAAUGUUCCUACAACGAAACAACUUCACAUCCAUCGCCAACGGCACCGCCGUUUCAUUACCUCAGGGCUCCGUCGUUGAUCUGAGCCAUAACUCCAUCUCCGGGGAGCUACCUCCUUCGCUCGUCGGAGCAGAUUCUCUGUUCUUGAACAAUAACCGUUUCACCGGAGAUAUUCCAGAGGAAUACGUCGAGAGCUUAGUCAACGGCACAACGAAAACGCUCUUCUUGCAGCAUAACUACUUGACCAGAUUCCCUUGGAACUCUGGUUUUCAACUGCCAGACUCUGUUUCGCUCUGUUUGUCUUAUAACUGUAUGGAGACGGAUCCUGUCGUCGGUUUGUCCACGUGUCCUAUCGAAGUUGCACCUCUGCUCUCAAGGCCUGCUAUACAAUGUUCUCGCUUUUACAAUCACAGCUCCACUGGUUAA